AUGGCUGGCGGCAACAACAACACAUUUGACAAGUUCUUCGAUCUCCCCCUCGAGAUCCGGGACCAAAUCAUCUCAUACCUCUGCCUGAUCCCGAACCCGAUCCAGGUCGGCCCGACCGCCGACUCGGAGAUCCCCUUCCCGCACAGCCUCCUGCUCUCCCACCCGCUCCUCUACGGCCCCGGCUCCGCCGUCUUCUACGAGCAGAACCGUUUCGUCCUGAACCUCAACAACAAGCCCCGCGCCGCCGUCGAGCGCGCCGUCUGCAACCCCGCAACGCCCUGGCUGCUCAACAACCCCCGCGCCCGCCGCCGCGUCCGGCACCUGGAGCUCUCUCCCGGCCGCCUGGGCACCGUCUUCCAGACCCACAUCUCGCCCGCCGUGGCCGACAUGAUCCUCAACGGCUCGCUGCGCCACCUCAAGCUCGUGCUGUACGGGACGAGCACUGACAACGUCACUCUGAAUCACUACCCCGGCGGCGCCGGCGUCCAGCAGAGGAGGGCGGCGAUGACGAGGCGGGACGACGCGUUCACGCGCUCGGAGCCCUUCAGGGCGCUGUUGCGGCUGCUUGCGGACCCGGACUUGGAGACGGCUGAGCUCUAUGUUGACCCUAUUCAUCAGAGGAUGCUUGACGAGGAAGACGAGCUUGAGACCAUGACAGGCAAGGAUUGGGUAGGCUACUGA